UAAAAAAAAAAACAAAAAGCCAGAGGGAUCUCCGUUAAGGACUGAAUGGUGGUUUGGACAUAAGAGUUAUGCCAGGGAUUGCUUCUGGAUCCUGGUUCCCUACUGGCUUUCAUGGACACUUCAGAAGUCACAUGCGAAAUGACAUUUAUCAAGAAUAUCGCAGAGAAGCCAGGCCUGAGCCGCCGCAUGUUUUUCAGAAAAGGAUAAAAGAGCAUUCAACAAACCAUAUAUUUUCAGAGCAUGAUAAUCGCCAUAUCUUUCCAAGUUCAGUCGAUGUUUUUGGAAAUGGCAUGGGCAAAAAGAAAAUCCUUAAAGCUAGGGAGUCGUACAAUAUUUUCCGUUGGGUGCCUCUGGAGAAGGAACUGGAGAAGCAGAGACCUCUCCUUAGCACCUACAGGAUGGACUUCUGGGAACAUGGCAACAGAACAGAGAAGAUUCCUCAGCUCUUUGUGCCAAGGUUGAAUGGAAUGUCAUCUGCCUCUUAUGCUGGGGCAACAACCCACACACAGCUAUUUCCAAGUCCACAGCCGAGACAGAACCUCACCAUAGAACAUGCUCAUAGCAGAGUUCCUGAACAGACAUCACUGAAGGUGACUGGCCAUCCUGGGAUAUCAAGCUCUCCACUGCAGAGAACUUUGUCUGCUCCUUGUAGAAGACUGACUGUGUCUGACUGCCUUACUUGGCAAGAAAAUAUGCAUCAGAAUAGCAUAAAAAAUAUAGAAAAGAAGUAGAAGAUAAUAUUUUUGUGUGUCUCUGCUCUCAGGGAAGAACACUCUGUUUUGCAAAUGGUUUUGAAACUGCUAACUAGUCAGGGUCCACACUUGACCGUUUGUUUUUCUGAAACCUUCAUGUAUCCUCUGGGUUUACUGUUUGUUUGUGGCCUUUUUUAAAGGGGAGCAAUUGCGAAAAUGAAAAUUUAAUAUACGCUUCAGCAUACUGAAAUAAGAAA